AUGUACCUACGUGGGUGUGCCCAUCGUCCUUCCUUGCCCCACGGGGAAGGCACCAUGCAAGAACAAACGAGCUUCCAAAAGAAAAAAUCGCAGAACAGGAAAAACGACCUGAGUGAAGCACAAAUGAACCAAAGAAUUAAAAACAUCAGUUUGACCAAGCGGUUAAUAUCAUAUGAGCGGUACAUCAAUGCUAUACCAAAGGAGGAGAGAAGGGAAGAUAUGAAAAAUGAUUGGCACCCCGAGACUCCACGAAUUAAGAAGAAUGUCAGCUUGUCCCAAUGGAAUAAAGAAAUGAAAAAAUGGAGGAAACAGGUACACGCAUGGGGGAACAUGUCUGAGGGGAUGCACAAAUACAUUUGUAAUUUGCCCCCUUCGGAGAAGUAUAAUUAUUUAUCCAAGUUAAAGUUGCCUGAACUGAGUCCAGGAGAAAUUGCAAUUUUGAGAAAAAGAAAUGAACAAAUUGCAACUAGGGCGUUAAGGAAUAUUGUACAAGGAGACAACGUUGAUAACAACAACGUCGAUAAGAACAACGUUGACAACAACAACAUCGGUAACGACUACAAUGAUGAUAACAGCAACGUCGAUAUCAGCAACGUCGAUAUCAACAACGUCGAUAACAACAACGUUGACAACAACAACAUCGGUAACGACUACAAUGAUGAUAAUGGUGAUGGUGAGGGGCACCGGGGGAGCUUCCAUCACAUACUGGAUAAACCGCUUUUAUUUUUGCCUCACAAUUUUAGUGGCACCAUAUUAAAUAACGAAUUUGUGGUUAUUAAGCAGGAGGCCUUGGAAAACUCCCUCCAAUCAUUAAGGAAAAAUUAUGAAGAGAAAUAUCGCCCCCUGUAUGAGAAAUAUCGUGCCUUAUAUCUAUCACCUUCCAGCGUUGACAAUAACCGGAAGGAACAAUCCCAAACCGGCGACAUUACAGUUCUUGCCACAAGAGCGAAAGGUGUAUCGGCUAAUGAUGAGAUAAAGGCGUACAUGCAGAACCGAGAGAAGGCGAAAGUUUCCCAGUGCCUUUGCCCAGUUUAUGUAAAGUGUACCACUAGAAGUAGCUGCCGGGAAAGUAAAAUGAAAAAAAGGUUUUAA